AUGUUUCGUCGGUCUGUCUGUUCCACAGAACACUACGCCGUGAGUGAGCUGGUGAAAGCCUCCAGAGACGGACAUGAUAUAGACGGAGAGGUGCUGACCUAUCUGGAACUGGCUCAGGUAGGUUUACUAGAACAGGAUAUAGACGGAGAGGUGCUGACCUAUCUGGAACUGGCUCAGGUAGGUUUACUAGAACAGGAUAUAGACGGAGAGGUGCUGACCUAUCUGGAACUGGCUCAGGUAGGUUUACUAGAACAGGAUAUAGACGGAGAGGUGCUGACCUAUCUGGAACUGGCUCAGGUAGGUUUACUAGAACAGGAUAUAGACGGAGAGGUGCUGACCUAUCUGGAACUGGCUCAGGUAGGUUUACUAGAACAGGAUAUAGACGGAGAGGUGCUGACCUAUCUGGAACUGGCUCAGGUAGGUUUACUAGAACAGGAUAUAGACGGAGAGGUGCUGACCUAUCUGGAACUGGCUCAGGUAGGUUUACUAGAACAGGAUAUAGACGGAGAGGUGCUGACCUAUCUGGAACUGGCUCAGGUAGGUUUACUAGAACAGGAUAUAGACGGAGAGGCGCUGACCUAUCUGGAACUGGCUCAGGUAGGUUUACUAGAACGGGAUAUAGACGGAGAGGCGCUGACCUAUCUGGAACUGGCUCAGGUAGGUUUACUAGAACGGGAUAUAGACGGAGAGGCGCUGACCUAUCUGGAACUGGCUCAGGUAGGUUUACUAGAACGGGAUAUAGACGGAGAGGCGCUGACCUAUCUGGAACUGGCUCAGGUAGGUUUACUAGAACGGGAUAUAGACGGAGAGGCACUGACCUAUCUGGAACUGGCUCAGGUAGGUUUACUAGAACGGGAUAUAGACGGAGAGGCGCUGACCUAUCUGGAACUGGCUCAGGUAGGUUUACUAGAACGGGAUAUAGACGGAGAGGCGCUGACCUAUCUGGAACUGGCUCAGGUAGGUUUACUAGAACGGGAUAUAGACGGAGAGGCGCUGACCUAUCUGGAACUGGCUCAGGUAGGUUUACUAGAACGGGAUAUAGACGGAGAGGCGCUGACCUAUCUGGAACUGGCUCAGGUAGGUUUACUAGAACAGGAUAUAGACGGAGAGGCGCUGACCUAUCUGGAACUGGCUCAGGUAGGUUUACUAGAACAGGAUAUAGACGGAGAGGUGCUGACCUAUCUGGAACUGGCUCAGGUAGGUUUACUAGAACAGGAUAUAGACGGAGAGGUGCUGACCUAUCUGGAACUGGCUCAGGUAGGUUUACUAGAACAGGAUAUAGACGGAGAGGUGCUGACCUAUCUGGAACUGGCUCAGGUAGGUUUACUAGAACAGGAUAUAGACGGAGACGGAAAACUUAACUGAUAUCUUGUCACACAUUGGAAAUAUACUGUAGGGGAUUGUUCUAUAGUUUAAAUAUAGGAGGAUUGUUCUACAGUUUACAUUUGGGGUGAUUUAUUUUACAGUUUACAUUUGGGGUGAUUUAUUUUACAGUUUACAUUUGGGGUGAUUUAUUUUACAGUUGAAAUGUAUUUUCUUUGGUUUGUUUUUCUUCCAGUUCCAUAAUGCUAACCAGUUAGCAGCUUGGUGCUUACAUCACAUCUGCACCCACUACAACAAUGUCUGUGCCAACUACCGCAAAGAGAUCAAGGACAAAUCUGCAGGUGAGUUAUUCUUCCGCUGGUUCUGAUCAGCACACAACCAACCAUCACAACCAAUGAAAGGGGAACACACUCAGACCUGUCAGAGCAACAACUGAACAAUAAUGGUUUUGAACUUGAUCUUCUAUUCAUCUGUUUUCUGUCAGAUAGUAAGACAUCAUUCAGACUGUCUGCUGGUUUUAUUUCCUUUCAAUUUGUGAUCAAUUAAGACCUAUAAGUUCCUAACUAAUCAGUGACCUUAAUGGAUCAAUCAAGUACAAGGGAAGAGUGAAAACCUGCAGCUGCUUGUGUUCUGUACUAACCAGUCUGUGGUAGCUACAUGCUACGCUACAUGUUGUCUGGUGGUAGCUACAUGCUACGCUACAUGUUGUCUGGUGGUAGCUACAUGCUACGCUACAUGUUGUCUGGUGGUAGCUACACGCUACGCUACAUGUUGUCUGAUGGUCUGUCGGUGUUGUUUCGCUCCCAGAGAACCAGGAGUAUUUUGAGAAGCACCGCUGGCCCCCGGUGUGGUACCUGAAGGAGGAUGACCACUACCAGCGGGUGAGGAAGGAGAGGGAGAAGGAGGACGUGGUUCUCAACAAACACCACAGCAGACGACGUUGGUGCUUCUGGAGCACCUCUCCUGCCGUGGCCUGA